AUCUCCAGCUGUCUUGCGUAUCACCUUCUGGUUUUGGGCUAUCAGUCGAUAAAAGUGUACACUACAUCAACAGGCGAAAUUAUUUCUCAGUAUUUGCGCAAACCACAGCACUCUUACUUCUACCUCCAAUAUGUUCUUGCGCAGCAGCAGCUCACGGCUACCUGCCUUACUACGCCGGCAAGCCCCGUUGCGCACCGUCGCAAAAUAUCCGUCAUAUUCUACAUCUCAGCUUCACGGAGAAGAUGAAAUUGACGCGCUCCUCGCGGAGCCGACUUGGUCUGUCCGCUCGUUGCUGCCCGACGAGAACGCAAAGCCGGCCACGCAUUCGGUGACUCCCGAACAGCUUCGCCAUCUGCUCCGUCUGUCCGCGUUGCCUCAACCUGCGAAUGAGGAGGAAGAGAAGCAGAUGCUGGAUACCCUAGAGUCUCAAAUCCAUUUCGUGAAGGAAAUCCAACGGGUGGACGCCAGCGGUGUUGAGCCCCUGCAAAGCAUUCGCGACGAAACCCCAGAGGCCGUGAAGGAGAACACGAUCGGUCUGGAAAAGCUCAAGGAGGCAUUAUCCAAGGAACGGGUCGUUGGACGCAACAAGAGGAUUCAACGAAUCGAGACGCCGAGGAACGAGCGACCGGACGGAGAUAUCUGGGAUGGUAACGCUCUGGCUUAUGCGCCCAAGACCAAAGGCAAAUUCUUCGUUUUCGGGUCUGGUCAGGCCACUCCGCCCGCUCCGUCUCCGAGCGACCGCGGAGCUGAUCUGACGACCAUACUGGACCGCCCGCAACGCGCCGACUUGACAGUGCUGGUUGGCGAGGCUAUUGAGCAGAUGCGAAAUGGUAUCGUCGCUGGCUUUCACGUCGCCCCUCCAGCCCUUCAGGCUACUGCACCUGACUUUUCUGCGCACGAAGAGGAUGAGGAAGGCACGGACCCUUUGUUUGAUCCUCUCGAGCAUUUGGUCGACGAAGGCGAAGAUGGAAGCCCAAAUGAACGCGUCCCGUCGGAGGUCAAAAGCUCGGCCAAAGACCUUCAAUUAGAGGCCAAGGCUCUCGCGGGCUUUGACGACUGGAGAGACACUGUCCUGCUUCGAAUCGGGGAAGUAGUCAACCGGGACGACGAGGUACAGCAGGACUCUGUUGAAGGAACAUUACCGCAGAAACUCCCUGAGCCUCGACUUGAGGAGGAUGAGAAGUCCUUGGAGAAAUUGCGGGAAGUGUAUCCUCCGGUGGAAACGCCUCUCGUUCACCUAACCAGGGCCAAGAAGUUGCUCAUUCUGCACUCCUUGCUGCUCUUGCUACUCAGUCUGGAACAUUACAACGCUCGCUCGCGCGUGCUCAUGUUGUAUGUAUCGUCUUCACUGAACCUUGACGUCAAGAUCCUGAAUGCAGACGAGGUCAAGGUUGCGCGUGGCCUGCUUGACACAGCUCUACAGCUUUCACAGGCUGAAGCCAAAGAACGGGGCAAGCCCCGCGACUCUUCAAGGAAAUGGAAGGUUGGCAUAGCCUCUGUGGCAGGAGCCGCGUUGAUCGGGAUUACGGGCGGGUUGGCGGCACCCCUCGUUGCGGCUGGUCUUGGCACUGUCUUGGGUGGUCUCGGUCUCGGCGCCACAGCCGCCGCCGGGUAUUUGGGUGCCUUGGCCGGCAGUGGCGUCAUCGUUGGAGGACUUUUUGGCGCCUACGGUGGCCGUAUGACUGGCCGCAUGGUUGACAAGUAUGCACGGGAAGUGGACGACUUCGCCUUCUUGCCUAUCCGUGGUAGCCAUCGACGAUCGGAAGACGAGAGGGAGGCAGCAGAAAACGAUCAUAGGUUAAGAGUCACAAUCGGCAUCUCAGGUUGGGUGACAGAAGAGGAUAACUAUCUUGUCCCAUGGAAAGUCAUCGGAAGCGAGUCCGAAGUGUUUGGCCUACGGUGGGAAAGAGUGCCAUUGAUGAAACUUGGCAAUGCUAUGGACUACCUUGUUACGAGUGCUGCUUGGGCUGCUGGAAGUCGGGUCUUAUCUCGCACUAUUUUCUCCCAAAUUAUGAGCGCCGUCAUGCUUCCCCUGGGUCUUCUCAAGGUUGCCCGCGUCGCUGACAACCCCUUCAGUGUGGCCAAAGCUCGUGCAGAUAAAACGGGCGAGGCACUUGCGGAUGCCUUGAUCAGCAAAGUGCAGGGUGAAAGAUCGGUCACACUGAUUGGCUACUCGAUGGGUUCCCGCGUUAUCUUCUCUUGUCUACAGACCCUGGCCAAGCGGCAAGCAUUCGGAUUAGUGGAGUCAGCGGUUCUCAUGGGCUCACCAACUCCGUCCAAUGCGCCCCACUGGCGUCGUCUAAGAAGCGUUGUUAGUGGUCGAUUGGUAAAUGUGUACUCUGAAAACGACGCCGUUCUUGCGUUACUCUAUCGAACCAGCAGUCUUCAGCUUGGUGUCGCCGGUCUACAGCCUGUUCAAGGCGUAUCCGGGGUUGAGAACGUGGACGCAAGCGAUUUCAUCAGCGGCCAUCUACGUUACCAGCACCUGGUCGGACGCAUUCUAGGCGUGGUAGGGCUCGAGAGCAUUGAUGCCGAGGAAGUCGCUCGAGAGGAGGCGGCGUUGGCGGCCAAGGACAAGAAGCAGGAACAAGAGCGUAUGCACAAUGAGCGUGCCGCUGGACUUGACGGUGAUGAGUCUGCGCGGCGCCUGUUGGAGGACGGCGAAGUAGAGAGUGAAGACAAGAUGCGGGAUGAUGUCGACCACCGGACCAGGGAGAGCUUGUCUCGCGAGCAUGAAAGAACAGUAUAUUGCCGCAAGCACCGUCCACGAAGAAGAGAUCCCGAACGCAGCCAACACGGGUGGCGAGAGAAGCAAUAA